CUGUAAAAGACUGCAGCAAGGCAAACAGCGUAUCGCAGUACUCGAGCAAACACUCGGCCACCAAUUAGUUGACUGUAGUGAAAUCAGGCGUGACAAGCACAAAUAAAAUUUUCAACAUUUUGAGGUUGUAAUUUUUACAUACAACCAAUAUAUGGAUGAAGUAGAGUUGCAUUCCACUCAUAUAUUGGAAGAGUCUGUAUACAUACGGCCAAUGAGAGUUAUAUAUUCUCAGAAGGACGGUGUAAAGAAAAAAUGGGAUUACAUCAGAGUUCAUGACAGUGUUGCUAUCCUGAUAUACAAUGUCUCAUUGAAUUGCAUUGUCAUGGUGAAACAAUUCAGACCAGCUGUCUACAUGCAUGAUUGUCACAGGAAAUUUGAUGAUCUUGAGAAAAACACAGAAAAGACAUUAUUUGACAUUGCUAAAGAAUAUCCAGCAAGCAAUGGUGUAAUGUACGAAUUAUGUGCAGGAAUUGCUGACAAAGAUGGGAAAAGUCCAGCUGAACUUGCAGCCAUGGAGGUACUGGAAGAAACUGGAUAUGAUGUUCCUGUAGAAAAAUUAAUAUUGAUUACAAAAUACAGGUCUGGGAUUGGAACACAUGGAAAUGUACAGUCUUUGUUUUAUGCUGAAGUGACAGAAGAAAUGGAGGUUCAUAAAGGAGGAGGCUUGGAAUCUGAAGGUGAAAUGAUUGAAACUUACCAUCUUCCAGUUGCAAAGAUCCAGGAAUUCAUUGAUGAUCACUCUUCCUUGAAUCGUCCGAGCGGUUGUUUAUUUGCACUCAUGUGGUUUUUAGCUAAUAAGCGUCAAUAUUUACAGUCUUCAUAGUAUUAAUUUUCUGAAUAACAAUUAUCGGAAUUCCAGAUA